UCUUACUGUUCUGGUAUCGCAGCCUAGUUAUAACAGUUGCUCAGUUCCUGCUAUUGUGUUGUUCAGUAUUUUUCCAUCUCAGUUAAACCUCGUGAUGACCACGCCUCCCUAUGCCUGCUUAACCACAACUUUGUAAGAUACAGCAAGUCACACCAUGUGCUCAAUAUUGUUACAUACAAACACAAGGACAAAGCAUCUGCUGGGCUGUUAUCUACAGUUUUGCAACAUGCAAGUCACACCAUGUUAUUCAGUUCUUGUCACACACACAAACAGGCAAGUAGCAAGCAGUUGUUUAAUCUCAUAAUGGAUGCUCCAGUGCACAAAUGCAGAUACCUCACACAACCAACAUCAGAUAAUAAUUAAUCAUAUGGUAAUGGCUAUAAUGUGAAACACAGAAUCCCACACAACUCAGUUUACAGUAGUUAGCCAGUUGCCCGAUUCAAUCAAGUUGAACAAGGAAUCAUGCCUCACUCUCCGCACAAACAAUGGCAGCCGCCUCCUCAUUCAAACUUUGUGACAGCAAAGUGCUAUAAAGGGAAAUAGGUUCCAAAUGCAAGGUCCAAUCUGAAGGGUGCCUGAAAGCACAAUGGAUAGAAAUCAUAAACCGUUGAGAAAAAUUAUUCUAAAAGCUGGGACCCUCCAAGCUAGUGCUGGAGAGCAGGUCCUCCAGACAGACAUCACUGACCAUGAUGGACUAAGGCUGCCAGCCCUGGUAGACUGCCCCAUUGACAGCCCCCUAAAGGCUGGGACCCUCCAAGCUAGUGCUAGAGAGCAAGUGCACCAGACAGAUGUCCAUUCCGCUGGCCAUGAUGGACUAAGCCUGCAAGCCCUGGUAGACUGCCUCCAGGAUAGCCCUCGAAAGAACCUUGUGCCGAAGCCCCCGCGAGGCCCCAGGCCCAGCCGAGAGGCAAAUAUAUCAAAGUCAGAAAAGAAGGCCACAGAGGUUAUCAAGGCUAGAAGGUCUAGGGAGGCUAAGUAUGGGGUGAAAAAACUAAGCCGCCAAGUAGUUGGUAUGUUGGCACUGCCUCAAUCUCUUCUAACUCAAACAACCAGUUACAGUGUCCUGCCAGCUAUCAAGAAGGGCACUAAAGUUACUAAAAUGGAUACAACAGAACCCCUAUGUCCCUUGACACCUGAUGGGGAGAUAAUUAUCUCCUCUUCAUCUGUUGAUGACCUCCUGACCCCAAAGAGUGAUGUCACAUCCGAGGCUAAGAGCGAUGAUGCCUCCCGUCCAAUAGGACCUGAGGUGUUCUCUCUAACAAACUUCCUGAAGUCUCACCCUAAGAGAAAGCUUAUCAGGAACUUCCUCAAACAAAUAGUAAGUCCCUCAUUUCUUCUGCUUUCAAAGGUGGAGUGAUCAUGUGAAAAAAAAAUAUUUUAACAUAAAAACUACUAGCUGUCAUUUUGUUGUUUUCUGUUUCUCUUUCUAAGAACGUGACAAUAGGUGACCUGGACGAGAUCAUCGAGUGGGUGGUGUGUGUCUCCAAUGAGGUGUUCCUCCCAGUGAUGGUUCUGAUCAGGACAUCCA